AUGUUUUUCUUCUUCCCCGGAACAGACUGCCGUGUCCUUGCAAUGAAACCAGAAUGCCAGAGACAAGUUACCGGCACGCUAUUGACAAAACAGGGACUCGAUAUGACCGAGUUGGCGGAACCUCCCGUUUAUCUGGAGUCGUCUGAGGAGGGUUUCGGUCUUUACAAACAGUCGGGUUUCGAGAUGCUCAGUGAGAAGAUUGUGCAUCGCGCAGGGCUACUUUGCGCUGAAAGGGACGUUGAAGUCUCUCUGAUGGUGAAGAUGCUAUCUAUUCUCGCGGGACUGGGUUUUGAGGAAUGGCGUGCUCAAGGAGAUCCGCCUUUCAAGUGA